AGGAUAUAGCCGCGUCUCGUCAUUAUCAGUCUACCGAUUCCCCUAACCCCACUAACCCGCUAGGAACGUUCCCAAGAAAUCCCCAACCAUGGGACGCUUACGGAUUACCCCGGCUUCUGCUAGGGCUAAGCACAUUUCAAAUACUCUCGGUGCCGACAGCUUCUAUCAGAGUAUCGGUGCGAUAUGCGCGAGCUUCCGGUCGGCAUGUAUACUCGUCAGCGGCGCCGAGGAAUCAGGUGUUGUGUAGGAACAAGAUUCAUAAUUUAUAUAUCUUCCCUGCCUUAUAGAAACCCCCUUGGAACUCAUCUUUCCUUCGGAACUUCCCGGUACCUAUACCAAUUCAGAAAAGCAUCAAGAAGUGGAGAUUGCAUCAUUUCUCCUUUAGGUAGCCGCCACGGACUAGAAAAUCUUCACUGACAACAACUUGAGUCUGAAGAAGGAUCUACAUUCAAUAUGACGGCUUCAUUAGAGUCAACUGUGGUAUUCCUUGAGAAGUUGGCCUCUGACCCCUCUAGUAUAACCUCUGAUGUCCUAUCAGAGGAUCAUCUUCGGAAGAGACUCCUCCUAGUGAUUCAGAAACUCGUCCCCGAAUUAGAAACGCCUGAGGAAGCUUGCCAACGGAUUCUAUACAAUGCCCUUGAAACCCCCACAGCUCGUAUCGCUGUAGAUCUCAAGAUUUUUAAUAUCCUCAAGGAAUCACCCACGCCCUUAACAACGGAGGAGCUUGCAGAGAAGUCAGGUAAAAAUCCCGAUAGGAAAUUAUUAGCUCGCAUCUUGAGAUAUCUAGCUUCUCUGAGCAUGAUUCGUGAAGUUAACACUGGACUUUGGGCUGCAAGCCAUUUUGGAAACAACCUAUCAGGAAACGGGCAGAGCGCAGGGGUCGCAUCUAUGGUUGACAACUGCUUUGUUUCCAUGGUCAAUCUUCCCGCCUUUCUCCGGCUUCAUGCAUACAACCCGCCCGAUGCAAAAAGUGAGACAGCUUUCGCGCUUGGGAAUAGGGUGAGCCCUGAGGAAGCUACCUUCUUCGACUGGUUGAAAACCCGCCCGGAAAAUGCUAGGAAUUUCAACGUCUUUAUGGGCUCCCAUCGGACGGGCGUGAGGACAUGGCUCGAUCGCCCGGAGAUUAUAAACGAAAUCACCGAUGCGUUCAAGAAAGUGACCGCCCGCAAGGAAGGUGGUGAAGAGAAAGGGGUAUCCUUCGUGGAUAUUGGCGGCGGCAUUGGCCAUCAAUGCAAGGCUUUCAAGAAGCGAGUACCUAACCUCAAAGGAACAAUCAUCUUAGAGGAUCUAGAAGAGGUGGUAGCCAACGCGGAACUCGAACCUGGCAUCGAAAGACUGGGCGUUAACUUCCUCGAAGGCCAGCCCGUUAAGGGUGCGGCAUCGUAUUAUUUCAGGAGUGUUUUACGAAACUGGCCUGACAGGUACUCCCGGUCGAUCCUCGGUUACGCCCGAGAUGCCAUGGAUCAAGACUCUCUGCUACUCAUUGACGAAAUUGUACUGCCAGAUCGUGGUGCUCACAGAUAUGAGACACAAUUAGACUUGACAAUGCUCGCAAUGCUCAACGCCGAAGCGAGAACUGAGACACAUUGGAAGCAACUGCUAGCUGAAGUAGGCAUGGAAGUCAAAGAUAUUGUGUUCUACGAAGAAGAAACCAGAGAAGGUAUCAUCAUCGCUAAGAAAGUGGCAAGUUGAAUCAUAUGUUCACGGAGUUAUCAGUACUAGAUUAGGGCGCACGCAUGAAAGCGUUUUCAACAAACUUUCGGUAUAUACCGAUCAGUAGUUAGACGUAACUCAACUUAGUUUCGGAUCAAAUAUUUAAACCCUUCGUUGAUUGCUUAAA